AUGAGCAAGUCGCUGAUCCAGCCGUCAAAUCUGAGCAGCCUCCUGGAUUCUGUGUGUUGGACGAUCUCUGAACCAACAUCAACAGCUAAUGUUUUCAUAGAUAAUGAAUAUGACGACAGAAACUUUGCAUCGGGCUCCUUUGAUGCUAAAACCAAUGAUUCAUUCACUCACUCCAUGAGACUGCUCACAGAAAGGUUCCCAUUUUCAAUGCCUCUUCUCCCUCGUCGCCUGAGAGACUGGAAUUGGUACAAAAACCAUUUUAUAUCGUUACUACUUCCAAUUGAUUGGUAUGGUGAGAUGGGACCUUCUUCCAGGUCGUAUUUCAGCGAAACCGGCUUUACCUGUCAGCAGAUUCUCCAACACAUUUAUGCAUUCUAUCAGGAAAACGUGUCGGAGGAAGAAAUCAAAGCAGCAAUUCACACCAACUCGAGGCACGGUGAAAACCUCAGAGCCUCGGUGGUGAAAGGUGGGAAGAUUGUAUUCAAACGGAUUGAGUUUCUCGGAUCCAGAUAUAGCUUCGAGAUGCUGAAAAGUGUUAGUAGCUUCAACUGUAGUAAUGUCGACGAGCUUAUCAUCAAGUCACAAUAA